AUGUCUAAUAUUCUUCAAAAUGAAGAUAAGCUGGGAGCAGUUUUAGUUCAGGUUCAGGAUGAUUUAAGACAGCUCAAAGCAAGUCUUGAAAAAGUCUCUGCGGAUGAGAGGGGCAAACCACUGGACAUUCAGGCCCUGGACAACGCCAUUUGUAGGACCGAGAGCAGCAUCCGGAAACAUGCGGAGGAUUAUCUGACAUCAGUGAAUCAGCAGCAACUGGUUCUUCCCUGCAUUGAAGACUUACAAAAGAAGACAGUUCAGAUUCCUAAAUGGAAACCUUCUCUGGAGAGAAUCCCAGAUGUACAUCCACAAAGAGAGGAACUUCCAGGAGCUUCACCUCGGGGAAAGGCAAAACAUGGCAGAAUAAUCACUGGCUCAGUGGCAAGACUCCAAACUAUUGAAUCAAAAGGUCGUCGCAUGCCGGGAAUGCCUGAAGAAGACAAGCACAGAGGUUCAAAGUGGCAUAAAGAGCUAAAAUGGGAAACAAAACCCGAAUCCACCUCUGUAACAGCAGACAGAGAAUGUGCACCUCUCUGGAGCACCAAGACACCGCCUCCCUCCACAACCUCCAAGAGCACGGACCAGAGAGACCAAAGAGACAAUCUCAUCUCUGGAAGCCUUCAGAAUCUACCUGUGCCAGCGUCUGUGAACAUCACCAAAUACCCCUUUACAAUCAUAAAGGGACAGAUCGACCAAACAGCGACAGAUUUCUGGCACUUCAAGCAGAGUUUUAGUUUGUGCUGGACCGGUGUGGUCAAUGCUCUGGGGGCCCUGGAGAAACUGCUCAGAGACUUUGCUGUGCCUCUGGCAAAAGUGAGCGGAGAACGGCUGGUGGAGUUUAGCCAUGGUUGGGAUAACGGUUGGAGAAAGGCUUCUUUAGAGAGCGGUCUCCUCUUCGUGCUUGAAAACUGGGAGGAGGUAUUAGGUGUGGUCAUACGCCCAGGUCAGCGCUAUAAAGGAGAGGGAGGCAUGGAAGCAGCUGCCAUCCGCAUCCAGUCCUGCUGGAGGCGCUACUCAGCCCGGACAGCCUACCUGUGCCACUGCCGGCGCAAGUGGGCGGCUGGCACCAUCGCCAUCUCAUGGUUGAUGCACACUCAGAUGCGUCGUGUCAGGAAGGCCCUGCAGGCCCGGCGUCUCAGUCAACUGGAGAAUAAUCGCAGCAGAGCACAGCAUCUGGCAGCCAACUGGAAACACAUCCAGUCCUCCAAGAGGACCAUUAUCCACAUCCCUUCAUUAGGAUACUCUCAGAGCCAGCGACUGCACUUGGGAGAAUUUGAUGUCCUACAGAAUAUCCAGAUAAGUAGAGUGUGUGAUAUUAGAGAUGAAAAUGUGGAGGUAAUCUACGUUUGUCCCCAGCAUUUGGGGGACAACAUCUUGGACUAUUACACCAGCUUCCUGAAGUGUGAUGGAGCCACAGAUGGGGCUGGUACCAGAACAACUCGGGCCUCAUCCUGCAGGAGACGCUUUAUCAUCCUCACACCUGAGGCUGUAGAUUGUUUUCCGACCCAUAACAUGUGCCUGUCUACGCUGCUAAAGUACAGUCCACGCACCCUGAAGCGCAUCAGAUACCUGAUUCAGGGGAAGCAGGCCUAUAUUGUGGGUGGGGUGGCCCAUGUUGAUGACCUGGCAGUGGCUGAUGAGUUGGGUGUGCCAAUCCUGGGUCCAGAACCAGCUAUUGCACAACUUUACAGCACGAAGUCUGGAGGAAAGAAGAUCUUUGCAGGGGCAGAGGUUGACGUACCUCCUGGUCAAGGAGACAUCUACUCACUAAACCAGCUUCAUGAAACGCUAGCAGAGCUUAUGACCCAAAACAUCGAUGUGCAGCGCUGGAUCUUCAAGAUAGACUCUGAGCAUGGUGGCCGUGGUACAGCAUACUGUGAUGUUUGUCAUCUCAGCUGCUUUAACUGGGCCCUGCAGGAAUAUCAUCGUUAUGGUCCUGAGCUAUGGAACUCAGAAUGGAUUCAGGAGUCUGUACUGCUCAGAUAUUUAGAUGAGAUCCCAGAAUGGCUAGCCCAUUAUGCCCAGCCUGCUAAAACGUCCUGCUAUCCCAACUGGGCCUGCUUCCUGAAGACCUUCCUCAGGCAAGGCGGUGUGGUGGAGGCCUAUCCUCCUUCAGAUAGCAUCACCUGUCUGACAGUAGAUCUGCUGCUGGAGCCUGCGGGGGAGGUGACCAUGCUGUCUUGUGGAGACCAGCUCCAUGGCUCUUGUCAUCUGGAAGCUGUAGGUUCCACUGUUCCUCAGACCUCUGUACACCCAGAGACCUUGCACUCUAUCUGCACCCGUGUGGGCCAGGCUUGUCUGCAGCGCUUUAUCGUAGGUUAUGUCUCCGUGGACUUGGCUACCUUUCUGGACCGCAACACCAUGGAGCAGAAGGUGUGGGCUGUUGAUCUGGACAUAACAUACAGUGACCAGCUGGCCAUGACCCAGAUGCUUCUGAUGGUGACUGGAGGAACACUGAAUUGCCACACAGGCUGCUUAGAAGUGCCAAUGCCAGUCACAGAGAAAGGCUGUGAACACCAGAUUGCAGCCAAACCUCCUGUGGGUAGCCGUUAUGCAGUUAUCGGGAGCCACUUGUUUCACACCAACCUUUCCAUGUUGUACCAUCAUGUGUUCUUUCAGAUGUGCAAGAUUCAAGGCAUACGAUUUCAUAUGAAGAAGAAGCAAGGCACAGUUUUUGCUCUUUAUGACAACAGUAAUCGAAGUAUUGGAAUGAUAACAGUCUCAGAGGAUCUCCAGGGAGCUCUCGUGACCUUUGCUCGGAAUCUGUCAGUCAUUCAUCAGGAGAUAUCAUCCUCUAAAAUGCAAGGAGAAACCAAUUUCAAGGAGCUGAUCAGUGACAUGGAAGAUGUACUGCACAUGACUGUCCAGAACAAGAAGCAAAUCGAGAAGAAACCUGCUGCUUAG